AAUUACCUGGAUGUCUAACCUUCAUCGACGAAAAGGUUAUGACAUGAUUUCUCGUCAGUAUGGGGAACAAUUGUUCGAAAGAUGCAGUCAAAAUAAGAGAGGUUCGUCCGCUGGUGGUGACGACGUCGCGUUUUCAAUGUUUGCCUCCAGUACCUAAGUUUCCGGUAAGGAUCAGAAAGUCAACAUUCUGGAUCCCAGAAGUCGUCGAGGACGUUCUGAGGGAAAUCUCGUCAGACGAAGCUGUCAAUCACGAGUACAUCCCCGUCCCCGGCCUGCCAGAAUUCACCUCGGCUGCCACACGGAUGGUCUUCGGCGAUAACUGCAGCGCCGUUCGUGACAACAAGAUUGGUUGUUUCCAGACUAUAGGUGAGACCGGUGCCGUCCGGCUAGGGGCGGACUUCUUACACAGACAACUCCGGAUGAACACUGUGAUGUUACCCAGGACGUCAGCAGUAGUUAAUGCUGACACCCUAUCAGAUGCCCUCAUCACGACUGGUGCCUUACAGAAGUUAGUCGACACAAUUGAGGUAAGGAAACUGUUCCCGUUGGUGCUGGCGGGCGGACUGGGUCUCGUGUCGGGGUCGGUGGAGAGGGACGCCGGCGUGAUCCGGUCGUUGGCGGCCGGGGGAGUGGAGAUGUUUGUGGCGGUGUCGCUCUCCAGGCAGUUCGGGCUCGGUG